AUGAAGUUGAUAAAUCUCCUUUUGGAUAAAAAUGAUAAUUCAAAUAUAAAAAUUUUUAUUAAAACGAUCGAGGUUUUAUAUUUAAAUAUAUAUGAAGAAAUUAUGAAAAAAGCUUAUUAG